AUGUUGGGCACUGGACUGGACGAUGCAGAUACCUCAGAUUCCUAUAGAUCGGAAUAUGCCCCCUCAUCGGUGGCAUCAGCGGGCCAGGAUGUUGUAUUCACGACAGCACCCGGCUCAAAAAACAAGAAUUUUGCAGACGCGUCAAGCUGGGCAGAUCCAGCAGUGACAGGUAUCUUUCCUGGAACAGUUUCAUGGCCCUCAGUCACCGAGUUGACCACAUACCCAGCAUCAAGUGAGACAUCGACUGUCAAUGAUAUCAGUUCAGAAGCCAGUCCGACCAGCGUACUGGAUGCAACAUCAUAUACUUCAUCACCAUCAUCAACAUCGACCACACCGUCAAGUACAUUCCCAUCCUCUCUCACAUCCACCACAACAACAACCACAAUCUCAGCCUCAGCCUCAGCCACAGCCUCAGAAACAACCUCAGUAAACAGCGAUUCAACCACUUUUUCCGGUGGCCCAUCAAAAACAACGAAAAUCGCCAUAGCAGUCCCAGUCUCAGUAAUCGGCCUAGCUCUAAUCCUAGCGCUGCUAUUCUUCCUCUCCCGCCGACGGCGCCGGGAAAAGGAACGCAACGCCUUGCCACCACCCUACGACAUAGCAGCAGGCCAUCGAAGUGCAGUAUCAACACAAGAGCUAAUGAUAUCACCGAAAUCCUCGACACCAGAAGCAAGACGUUCACUCUCGAACCCGGCUAUGUCCUCAGCGGCCACAUCAAUGCCUCUGCCUAUUCCCCGGAUCCCGAUUAUCAGCAUUUCGCCCUCGACGGAAAGUCGGGGCCGGACGCCCAGUCUCGAUCCCAGUCCCGACUCAAGCUCCGUGCGCCGCAUGCCGAUGGCCCAUGGACCUGGUGAUUCUGAGGCGGAGCUUGGGGUUGCGGUGGCUGUUUCGAUGGCGCAGAGGCGAAGUGCUACGGAGCAGGACCUUAGAGCUCGGGUUGCGUCUGUUGGAUCGUCGAGGGGGCCGUCGCGGUUGGCUAGGAUGCCGUUUGAGGACUUUUCGGAUGAUGAGGUCGGUAUUGGCAUUGGUAUUGGUGGUUCGGAUGAUGAUGAUGAUGAUGGCGCUGUUUCUGAUGUGUCGGAUUUGGAUGGGCGGAGGAGGGAGAGGGACUUUGAUGAAGUUUCUGUGGUCUCGACUUUUGAUGAGGUGUCGCCGAUAGGUGAGCAGGAGAGGCGGUUUCGGGGAACUUGA